AUGGGUCUGCAGGCCCUGGAGUUCAGCGACUGCUACCUGGACAGCCCCUGGUUCCGGGACCGCAUCCGGGCGCACGAAGCGGAGCUGGACAGGACCAACAAGUUCAUCAAGGACCUGCUCAAGGACGGCAAGAACCUCAUCGCCGCCACCAAAAGUCUUUCAGCAGCACAGCGGAAGUUUGCCCACUCGCUCAGAGACUUCAAAUUUGAAUUUAUUGGGGAUGCAGAGACUGAUGAUGAGCGCUGCAUAGAUGCUUCCCUGCGAGAAUUUUCCAACUUUCUGAAGAACUUGGAAGAACAGAGAGAGAUAAUGGCAUUAAGUGUAACUGAAACUUUGAUUAAACCUUUGGAGAAAUUCAGAAAAGAACAACUUGGAGCUGUAAAGGAGGAGAAAAAGAAGUUUGAUAAAGAGACGGAGAAGAAUUACAGCCUAGUCGAUAAGCACCUGAAUCUAUCAGCUAAAAAGAAAGAUUCACAUUUGCAAGAGGCAGAUGUCCAAGUGGAACAAAAUCGGCAGCACUUCUACGAACUUUCUCUUGAAUAUGUGUGCAAGCUGCAGGAAAUCCAGGAAAGGAAAAAAUUUGAGUUUGUUGAGCCCAUGCUGUCCUUCUUCCAGGGAAUGUUCACUUUCUAUCAUCAGGGCCAUGAACUUGCCAAAGACUUCAAUCACUACAAAAUGGAACUACAGAUCAACAUUCAGAAUACGAGAAAUCGUUUUGAAGGAACCAGGUCGGAAGUGGAAGACCUCAUGAACAAAAUCAGAAAGAACCCGAAAGAGCAUAAAAGAGCAAGUCAGUUUGCCGUGGAAGGCUACCUGUAUGUUCAAGAAAAAAGACCUGCCCCAUUUGGCUCUAGCUGGGUGAAACACUACUGCAUGUAUAGAAAACCUGCAAAGAAGUUCACCAUGAUCCCAUUUGAACACAGAUCCGGUGGGAAAACUGGUGAUGGAGAGAUCUUCAGUCUCAUGGAGUGUACCAAAAGGCCCAUGGAUUCCAUUGACAGACGAUUCUGUUUUGAUGUAGAAACAUCAGAUCGACCUGGAAUUCCAAUAACCAUGCAGGCUUUUUCAGAAGAAGAGAGGAAGCAGUGGAUGGAAGCUCUAGGUGGAAAAGAAGCUUUGUUCCACAAUUUGAAUAGUGCCAGCCCAAGACCUGAAGAACGUGCCCAGUUGGAUAAGAUGGGAUUCACAAUUCUCAGAAAAUGUAUCAGCGCGGUUGAAACCCGAGGUAUAAAUGACCAAGGACUCUACAGAGUUGUGGGGGUGAGUUCAAAGGUCCAGAGACUUCUCAGUGUGUUGAUGGAUUCAAAAACGUGUAGUGAAGUGGACCUAGAAAAUUCUUCAGAUUGGGAAGUGAAGACAAUAACAAGUGCUCUGAAGCAGUACCUGAGAAGUCUUCCCGAGCCCCUCAUGACGUAUGAGUUACAUGGACAGUUCAUCGUUCCUGCCAAAUGUGGCACCCCAGAAUCCAGAGUCAAUGCUAUCCAUUUUCUGGUUCACAAACUCCCAGAGAAAAACAAAGAAAUGUUGGACAUUUUGGUGAAACAUUUAACAAAUGUUUCAAACCACUCCAAGCAAAAUCUAAUGACGGUGGCAAAUUUAGGAGUGGUGUUUGGACCGACCCUCAUGAGGCCACAGGAGGAAACUGUAGCUGCCAUAAUGGACUUGAAGUUUCAAAACAUUGUAGUGGAAAUUUUGAUUGAAAACCACGAAAAGAUUUUCCGAACCCUGCCUGAUGCCACGCUCUCUGAGCCAACCUCUAUGUCAAUAUCUCCUCCAAAUGCGCCACCAAGGCAAUCAAAGAGGCAGGGACAACGAAAUAAGAGGCCCGUGGCUGUAUACAAUCUUUGUCUUGAGCUGGAGGAUGCUGAUAAUUAUACCUCUCCAAAGGAGGACACCCCCACUGGCAGUCAAGAAUCCCUUUCUUCCCAGUCUCCGACACCUGCAAUUUCUAGCAGCCCCACGGGACCGGACAAAAACCACCUCUUCCCCAGUGCCGCAGAUUUUGUGGAUUGGACAUCGAAUCACCCGAGCCAGCCUCGCGCCCCCAUGGUCCAGUGGCUUAACCCACAGCCUCCCUCCUCGCCGGUUUCCACCUCAGCCGCCGCUCCACCUUUACCAGUGUCACCGUCUUUCUCCACGGCUCUCCUCAUGUUCCCUCCCACAGCUUUGAGCGACAGGCCAACCGAGAGCGCGGUGAAUCGGAAGGCUCGAGCAGUGUAUCCGUGUGUGGCUGAACACAGCUCGGAGUUGUCCUUUGAGAUAGGAGACAUUUUUGAGGAUGUCCAAACUUCGAGGGAACCCGGCUGGCUCGAAGGAACACUGAACGGCAGGAGGGGAUUGAUCCCGCAAAACUACGUGAAGUUGCUGUAGCCUCAGCCUCCGGCUGGCGUUCCCGAGGAUCUCCGCUGGUUCUAACGAAAGGACGGGCAAUGAGUUUGUAUUUGCUCUGGAGGCGGAGGGCUACCAAAGGGCACAGAACACUCCCUCCCUCCUUGAGUGGUCGAAUGCUUUUUCCCUAUAACUUUACCCAGACAGGCACAACACACGUCUUUAUUUCAAGCUUUAGUGUCUCCUGGAUAUACCUUGUGCUGUUUGCCAAGACAAAAAACUCUGUAAAGGAAAUAAAA